CACAGCCUGCAGUACUUCUACACCGCUACAUCAGGAGUCCCACACAUUCCAGAGUUUAUAAGUGUUGGGAUGGUGGAUGGUGUGGAUUUCAGUUACUAUGACAGCAACAUAAAGAGGUGUGAACCCAGGCAGACGUGGAUGGAGCAAAUACAUGAGGAGGAUCCGGAUUACUGGGAUUUAGAAACACAGCUGGCUAAGAUGUAUGAGCAGAUCUUCAGGAUAGACAUGAACAUUUUAGGGAAGCGCUUUAAUCAGACUGGAGGAGUGCAUGUCUUGCAGAAGCAGUAUGGCUGUAAGUGGGAGGAUGGCAUUAGAGCCACUGAUGGUCAUGAAGCGUUUGGUUAUGAUGGAGAGGACUUCCUCUCACUAGACCUGGAGAACAUGAGAUGGAUCGCAGCAGUGCCACAGGCCAUCCCAAGCAAACUAAAGUGGGACAAUACAGAGCAUUUUGGGAACAGGAAGAUGUACUUCCAGGAGACGUGUGUUGAUUGGUUGAAGAAAUAUGUUGAUUAUGGGAGCAGCAUUCUGGAGAGGAAAGUCUCCCCAGAGGUCUCUCUGUUCCAGAAGGACUCUUCAACUGUGUGCCACGCUACAGGUUUCUACCCUGAGGGAGUGAACAUCACCUGGAAGAGAGAUGAAGUGGAGAUGCAGGAGGAUGUGGAUGUGGGGGAGACGCUGCCCAAUAUGGAUGGAACAUUCCAGAAGAGAGCUGUGCUCACCGUGUCACCUGAGAGGAGGAAGAGCCAGUACACCUGUGAGGUGGAACACAUCAGUAGAGAGCCAAUCAUCAGGACCCUGAGUGAGGAAGAUGACAUGCUGUGAACAAGGCUACAACAA